AAAUUUAAUAUGAAGUUAAAAUUAUGCUUUUUGCUCUGACUCUUGCGCGAGAGGCUUCUCGACGGCGGCUAGCCUUGGUUGGUGGCGGUCUUGUACCUGUGACGGUGAAGGGUGUCAUCUCUCUCUUCUCUCGUCUACUCCACGGUGGUGACGGGGUUGCUCGAUUGCUAUCUGUGUCUAUAGGUUGCGGCCUUUUUCUUCUUGCUGUUAUCAAGGUCAGUGAUGGCAGGGGUCGAGGUUUUCUGAUUGAAGAAUUUUCAAGGUGUGGGGACUGAAGAUAGUCUGGUGGUUGGGGCGGUGUCGGAGUCUGGAAAUCAGCCUUUGGUUGGUGGUGACAGGUUGGUGUUUAGUUGCAGUAAUGGAGGCACUUUUAGGCAGCUUUCUCUGAUCUGCAGAGGCGGCGACUCUGGCAGUAUUGUUGCUGGAAGUCUUGGAUGGACCAGGAUCGUAGCUCAGCUGCCGGAAGUAAGGGUGGUGCGGGUUUGCUCGGGGAAAGAACCAACUACGGGUUCCCUACCUUCGUUGGUGGGUUACACCGUUGUUGCUUUCAUGGCGGCGGCGCCGAGUUGGGCACAGCUGCAUACAUGGUCAGUUCCGACGUCAAGGGCGGAGGUGGAUUACGGCGAUGGAGGCGGCAACAUUGUGGAGGAGGCUGGUUUUCUCUCUAGGGUUUGCCCUAGUUUGGAUGUUUGGGCCUAGCAUUGGGAUGCUAGGGUUUCUCUGCAUUGGGCCUAGCCGGAAAUUGCCUAUUUGGGUCAGGCUAAGGGUCCAUUUAGGACUGGUGUUUUUACUUUUUAGUUUAGUGUUAGGCUUUUCUGUUUUUGUAAAAAAAAAGAGGAUAAGGUCCAAACUAUUGUGGAGAAGGAGACAUGCAAGGAUCCUGAGACUGAACAAAUGGAGGAGCUGCAUUCAAAUGGUGGAACUGUAGCAGAUUGCAAUGGCUGAUCCUCAGAAAAGCAAGAUUUUGGUAAUCGGAGGCACCGGCUACAUCGGCAAGUUCAUCGUUGAAGCGAGCGCAAAGGCUAAUCAUCCCACAUUUGCUCUUGUUAGGGAGACCACUGUCAAUGACCCUGCCAAGGGAAAACUUAUUCAAAAUUUCAAGAACUUGGGAGUCACUUUGCUCUAUGGAGAUCUCAAUGACGAGCACGAGAGUUUGGUGAAGGUGAUCAAAAAGGUGGACGUGGUGAUAUCAACAGUGGCUGGCAGGCCGCUACCAGAUCAAACCAAGCUCAUUGCCGCUAUUAAAGCAGCUGGUAAUGUCAAGAGAUUCCUCCCCUCGGAGUUCGGAAACGAUAUGGAUAAUGUAAAGGAUGCAGUUGAGCCGGCCAAAUCUGUAAUUGAGAGCAAAGCCCAAAUCCGGCGUGCUAUAGAGGCCGGGGGGAUUCCCUACACAUAUGUCUCCUGCAACUGCUUUGCAGGCUAUUUUCUACCCACAUUGGCACAGCCAGAUGCCACUUCUCCACCCAGAGACAAAGUCAUCAUCUUAGGGGAUGGAAAUGCAAAGGCAAUCUUUGCCGAGGAAGAGGACAUUAGCACCUAUACAAUCCGAGCAGUUGAUGACCCAAGAACACUGAACAAGGUUCUCCACCUCAGGCCUCCCCGAAACAUUUACUCCUUCAAUGAACUCGUUGCCUUGUGGGAGAAGAAAAUUGGCAAAGCCCUCGGGAAGGUCUAUGUUCCAGAGGACAAACUCCUAAACGAUAUUAUAGAGACCCCAUUUCCCCAAAAUGCGAUAUUGGCGAUCGAACACUCUGUAUUUGUGAAAGGAGAUCAAACCAGCUUUGAGAUUGAGCCGUCGAUCGGAGUCGAAGCUUCCGAGCUAUACCCGGAUGUUGAAUACACCACUGUGGAGGACUACCUCGACCAAUUUGUUUAAGCAUUAUUAGGUUUAAGACGUUCGCUAAAUAAAUUACUUGCUUCUUUU